AUCUAUCACUGUAACAGGUGUUUAUGACGGUGUGAGACACAUUUCCUGUGUUACGUCAGACCGGGCUUGGGUCUGUGAUUGGUAUGACAAUUUCAUCUUAGCAAAAACAAAAGAUGAAACACUAGAUACUAUAUUUGAUGGAUAUGGAGCACACACAGUGACCAUAAGAGGUGAACUUAUAAUUAUAGACAAGAGAUAUAACAUAAAACUAUAUGAAAAUGACAGGGCAAAAUCCACAUUGAUAAAGCAGGUAGAUCCAUGGUAUCCUUGGUGUGUAUUCCGCUCUCCUAUCAAUGGGGAUCUUUUGGUCGGGAUGUAUAAAAAUGAUCCUGUAGAAAAAGCCAAAGUAACCAGAUAUAGCACCACAGGACAACACAUACAGACCAUGCAACACGACAGUGCGGGUCAGACGCUGUAUAAGAGUGCUGGGGACAUCACAGAGAACCGUAAUGGAGACACUGUUGUGUCUGACUCACGGCUUCGUGCAGUAGUGGUGACUGAUCGUGAAGGUAGUCACCGCUUCUCCUACACAAGACCGCCAUCAGGAGAAGAAAUAUAUCCAUGUUCAAUCUGUACCCACGCUCUGUCACACAUUCUGGUGCGUUAUGCUUUCAGUCAUACAGUACAGAUGAUUGACAAGGACGGGCGGUUUCUGUCAUUAUUACUUACACCACAAUAG